CGGCCAUCCUCUUCCUCCUCCGCUCCGCUGCCUCCCCCCCCCCCUCGCGUUCUCGCGUUCUCGCUCUUGCUUCCUUUUCACACCCGCACCAUGCGGAACCUGCACGCCUUCUGCUCGACGGGCGACGCACCCUGGCUGCCAGCUCCCUCGGCGGCCGAGACCUCCGCCCCGGGGGAGGCGUCGGCCCCCUCGAGAGCCCGGGCGCCCCCGCGGCUACUCGGCUUCGGCGAGGUCGACCACACUCUCGAGAAGCACCUCCAGGAGGACUGGUGGGAGGACCUUUUCGACGAGGUGUACCUUCUGACGGAUGGCGAUGUUGUUGAGGAUCCGGCCAUCACCGAGCGCGAGGUGGACCUCUUGCUUCAGAUCCUGGCGGGCCAUCUGCCGACCGGGGCAUGCCCGGGCUCGGUGGCGGGCCCCUACCACCUGGUGGACCUUUGCUGUGGGCAGGGCCGGCACGCGCUGGAGCUCUUGCGCCGGUGGCCCGGGGGGCUGCGCGUCACCGGGGUUGACCAGUCGGCGACGCUGAUCGGGGUGGCGCGCGAGCGUGCCGCGGCCGCCGGGGCCACCAGUGCCGCCUUCCAUGUGGCCGAUGCCCGGGCUCCCGGGGCGCUGGACGCCGCCGGGACCCCGGCCGACGCGGUCAUCCUCAUGGGCAACAGCCUUGGGUAUAGCCCCCAGUCGGCAGACGACUCGGCCAUCUUGCGCAAUGCGGCGGCCGCCCUGCGCCCGGGCGGCCUCCUGGUCAUAGACGUGACCAAUGGCGAGUACAUGCGGCAGAACUUCAGCCCCCGGUCGUGGGAGUGGCUGGAUGUGCCGGCCGGCGGCCAGCAGUCGGCCGCCCCCGGGGCCGGGCGCCUGGCCGUCCGGUCGCGCAAGCUCUCCCCCUGCGGCGGGAUGCUCCUUUCCCGGGAGAUGGUCAUCUGCACGGGGCACGGCCUGAUCCGGGACAAGGUCUACGCGGAGCGCAUGUACUCUCAGGCGGAUCUGGAUCGGGCCGCGGCCGUGCAUGGCCUUGUCCCCGCCCGGCCGGCGCACUUCCUCGAUGGCGAGACCUCUGCCCGGCUGGGAGCCGACAUGGGCAUGAUGGCCAGCCGCAUGGUGCUGACAUAUUGCAAGGCGGCCCCCGGCGAGGGCGGCACUGGGGGUGUUUGAGUGGGGCCCGUGCUCGAGGCACGUCUGUGCUCCCUCCCCCCCUCUGGGGACUGUGUCCUUCGCCUCGACCAUCCCCCAUCGGCCAGACGAUGUGUAUUGGGAUUUCCCGGCCAAUACAGAUAGUUCCCUGGUG